CGCGUGGUGCUGGCCGCGUCGGCGCUGCGCCUGUGCCGCGAGCACCUGGGCCCCAGGCCGGGCUGCGCGGGGCUGUGCGCGCAGCUGCACCUGUGCAAGUUCAUGCUCUACGGCGCCUGCAAGUUCCUGCGGGCCGGGAAGAACUGUAGGAACAGUCACAGCUUGAUGACCGAUCACAACGUGAGUGUGCUGAGAACUCACGGUGUUGACCACCUCAAUUAUAAUGAGCUGUGCCAGCUCUUGUUUCAGAACGACCCUCUUCUUCUGCCGGAAGUCUGCCUACAUUACAACAAAGGGGAUGGGCCCUUUGGUGGUUGUUCCUAUCAAAAGCGGUGCAUCAAACUCCAUAUCUGCCAGUACUACUUACAGGGAGAGUGCAAGUUUGGUACCAGCUGUAAGAGAUGCCAUGAUUUCUCUAACUCUGAGAAUCUGGAGAAGUUGAAGAAGUUGGGCAUGAGCUCAGAACUGGUCCACAGGCUGCCUUCCAUCUAUAGAAAUGCGCAUGACAUCAAGAAUAAGAGCUCUGCCCCCACCAAGGCACCCCCUCCUUCUGCAGGCCCUCAGAAGACUUCUGAAAAAAAAGACAGUUUGAGUUCUACAUCCUCAGACACUCCGAGCCAAGAGGAGAGUGAUCAGAUUUGCUUGUACCAUAUCCGGAAAAGCUGCAGCUUUCACGACAAGUGCCACAGAGUUCAUUUCCAUUUGCCUUAUCGGUGGCAGUUUCUGGAUGGUGACAAAUGGAAGGAUUUGGACAAAAUGGAGCUUAUCGAAGCAGCCUACUGCAAUCCCGAAGGAGACAAGAUUGUGUGUGCUGCUUGUGGCCACACCUGUACCCUGCACUUCAACUCCAUGAAGUUUGGCACUGCCCAGGCUCGCCGCCUCUCCACGGCCUCCUCGGUCACCAAACCCCCUUACUUCAUCCUCACCACUGACUGGCUUUGGUAUUGGAUUGAUGAGUUUGGCUCUUGGCAGGAAUAUGGGAAACAAGGCACAGGGCACCCCGUGACCACUGUCAGCAGCAGCGAUGUGGAGAAGGCCUACCUGGCUUUCUGCACCCCAGGAGCUGACGACCAGGCGGCCAUCCUGAAGUUCCAGGCCGGAAAACACAACUACAUAUUAGACUUCAAAGCUUUCGUUCAGAAAAACCUCAUUUAUGGCACCGUCAGAAAAGUUUGCCGGAGACCCAAAUAUGUGUCUCCACAGGACGUGCAGAUGAAGCAGACCUGCAGUGUCAAGUUUCAAGGCCCAAAGAGCAUCCCAGACUACUGGGAUCCCUCUGCCCUGCCAGACCCAGGCUUUAAGAAAAUCACCCUAGACUCUUCUUCAGAAGAGUAUCAGAAAAUCUGGAACCUCUUCAACCGUACACUGCCUUCCUGCUUCGUUCAGAAGAUAGAGCGAGUCCAGAAUCUGGCCUUGUGGGAAGUCUACCGGUGGCAAAAGGGGCAGAUGCAGAAGCAGAAGGAGGGGAAGGAAGUGGACGAGCGGCAGCUGUUCCAUGGCACUGCCACCAGCUUUGUGGAUGCCAUCUGCCAACAGAACUUUGACUGGCGUAUCUGUGGUCUUCAUGGCACCUCCUAUGGCAAAGGGAGCUACUUCGCCCGGGAUGCCGCGUAUUCCCACCACUACUGCAAGUCCGACGGUCACAUCCAGAUGAUGUUCCUGGCACGGGUGCUAGUGGGUGACUUUGUCAGGGGCAACCCCUCCUUGGUCCGCCCCCCUGCCAAGGAAGGGCAGGGUAGUGCCUUCUACGACAGCUGCGUAAACAGUGUGUCCGACCCGAGCAUCUUUGUAGUCUUUGAGAAGCACCAGGCCUACCCCGAGUACCUCAUUCAGUACUCUACCUCCCCUAAGCUGCCGCCCACAGCUGCUGCCCCCACCCCCUCUGGGGGCUCUGUGCUGGUGGCAGCGCUGGGCUCCCUCUUUGGUAGUCGGCAGUGAAUGCAGCCAGCAGGCAGGGAAGUGCUGUGGGAUUUUUUUUUUUUUUUCUUAAGAAAACUUUUAAUGGACUGUUGUUUAAUGUUGGCUUCUCAAUGAGGCUGCAUUCUUAAUCCUUGCGGGUAUCAGAUUCUACUUUUAGGUGACUUUGGCGUUCAUCUGUGGACUCACCAUACUGAUUGCAGGUGAGCCCGGCGUGUCCCGCUUGCUUUUUAAUUGCGUCUUAAUGCUGCACUUUCCGCUCUUUGCUGCCUGUUGCAGCAGGCAGUUUCAAGACACUGUUUUAUGUAUUUGUUUUAAUGCUUAACGGUUUCUGUGUCUGCAGUGACUCCAUGUUCAGGGCCUCGUGCCCCUCAUCAGUGUGGCGCAGUGGCGUGAUGGGGGGAGUCCAGUUCUGCGGCUGCCCGGGCCUUGGCACUGACUGGCUGUGCCAGGUCAUCAGGGCAGGUAGCAGCCAUAUGGUGUCAUUGAGUCCCUGCUGGUUUCCCUAGUGCUAGGGGCCGGCAGGACCAUGUUGGCAGGAGAGGUGGACGAGUGCCUUGGGAACCCGGUCCAUGUCCCCAGUGUGGGCACCCUUGUGUCUGGGAAGACUGAGCUCUUGUGCUGCAGAUGUCACAUGAGAUAUGAAAUAAACAUAUUUAUCUAGA